UAAAGUAAUGUGUGAUGUGUUGUAUUAUUUUGUCCCAAAUAAACUCUCAUUUUGAGCUGUGUCCUUUUUAGUUUUAAGUAGUACACCACAUUUCACCCCUGAUUUUGUGGAAUGGUACAGUCCCACUUCAAGCGUUUUGCGGGAAUCCGUUUGAGCUCGAGCCUGGUCUGAACUACGAGUGUUUACACUCUCUUGAAAGCUGUCGGUGUCCCAAAUGAGCACCAAAAAGGGCAGAGCCGUCAAACUGCGCAAAGAGCCACAACAGGACGCUGAGACACAGUCACGGAUAAGCAAUAUGGAUUCUCCCAACCUGUCUGCUAUAAAUAAAAUUAGCUUCCUGGAGGGACUGCAGCAAAAUCAUGAUAAACCUCUGCACAGUACCGCCAUGGAGGAAGAUCUAAAUGUCCCAGAGGAAGAGGAAGAGGAACGGGUAAACAAAGGAAAAGCCAGACGAAAGGACACUGCCCAGAAGAAGAAGAGAAGUACUGGAGGGAAGGUCAAAGCCAGUCCAUUAAAAAAACUGCAGAUGAAGAAAAGCAUGACGAGAGAGAGGGGAUCAGGAAGUGGGAAGUCCAGUGACCCUCAGUCACAGGAGGAAUCUGACAUUGACACCACCCAACAGAAACGUAGGAGAGUCCUGUCAUCUGAUGACGAGGCGGUGGACGAGGACACGAGUUGGGUCCCGAGUCCAAAGAAGGCCAGGGUGUUAAGUUUGGUAACAACCAGGAAGUCUUCAUCCAAUAAGUCUAAAUCUAGAACGUCUUCAUCAGGCAGCGCAUCUGCAGACGCAGAAACGGCCCACACUGAUAAACAGAGGAGACGUGGUCAUCACGGAGGAACACAGUUGGAAGUGGUGCUGGAUGCUCUCCUUGACUUCUGUGAGCAGUACAGGGACACUGUGGAGUCUACAGCUGUCAAACAGUCCAUUGAUUGUUUCUCCUCCAAUGUGAGAGAGCAGCUCUUGGAAAAGAUCUCCUCUUACAAGAAUCUCAAAGUUCUAAAAAGAGAUAAUGCAAAGGUGGGAUCUUUGAUCCGUAAAAAGACACAGAAACUGUUGGAUGCCAAAUAUGAGCUGAUGAGGGCAGAGAGGGAGGUGCAGCUGCUCCUGAAAGAGAAAGGUGAACUUAAACUCAGAUUAACUGAUCUGAGACGAGCCCAGGCCUUCCUGCAGGACGUCAAGGAGCUUAACAGAAAGUACCUGGACUACCGACACGAACACCCUAAAGAGAAAGAGACGUAUGGGGCGUCGAGCUUGCCGGCUUUGCUAUUAGAGGCCAAGCAUAUUCAGACGGCAGAGAAUCAGAUGCGAGGAAUCAAUAACCAACUGAAAAAAAGACUGAAAUAAUGUGCUAUGCCUCGCACAUACACAUGCACGUGUGCACACACACACUCACACAAAUUGAAUAGUACCUAUUAUUAAUGAUACUAAUGUUGCUGGAAUUUUUCAAGUUAAUGCAGAGUGCGGCAUAACAUUAAGACUGUGUUGUUUUCGUGAUUUCUUUGUGUAUACUGCCCAAAACCUGUUCAAUAAAUGAAUUAAAAAAAAGUUAAAUAACGCAAAAAAUAA